GGCGGCGCGCCAGCAGCGUGCUAGUUUCUGCAGGGAGCCGUGCGGACCGGCGCUCUCCACAAACCAUGAGCGGGGGACGGAGCGCCGUUAUUGCCGGGGUGUGCGGAGCUCUUUUCAUUGCAUACUGUAUUUACUUUGACAGAAAGCGACGGAGUGAUCCUCGUUUCAAGGAAAAGCUACGUGAACGUAGAAGCAAAAAAAACGUUUCUUGUGAAAAAUCUGGACACGUUAAGCUGCCUGACUUGAAGGACCCGGAAGCUGUGCAGAGAUUCUUUCUGGAUGAAAUCCAGCAGGGAGAAGAACUGCUGACACAAGGUGAAUUUGAGAAAGGUGUAGACCACCUGACCAACGCCAUUGCCGUGUGUGGGCAGCCACAGCAGCUCCUUCAGGUGCUCCAGCAGACGCUGCCUCCUCCGGUCUUCCAGAUGUUGCUCACUAAACUACCCACAGUCAGCCAGCGAAUCAACUUGCAGUCUUUAAAGGAAGACGAUGUCGAGUGAAUGUAUGGACGAAGCGAUGUGGAGAUGUUUCAUUAUUCCUUCAGUGGAUUCCAGACUUUAUAUUGUUGCACUGUUUAAACGAAUGAUUGCACUUGUGAGCCCGAUGUUGACGGCGCUCUCAGCACUCCAGCAUUAAUGGACUUACUUCUUUCUAAGCUCGCCCUUCUGAAGAUAUGUUUAUCUGUUUCCAUGUAUAUUAUCUGCAUUCUGAAAAGUAAUUAUUUUUGUUGAUCAUGUUGCUGAUAUCCAGUGUAAAAUAAAUAAUUUAUCUGUUACAUGUUUGUUUGUGUUGAUGGAUAUGAAACAUGUGGCUACUUGUGAAAUAUUGUCAAGAUUCCUUGAAAAGCUUUUGUUGACAGUUCAUUUUAUAUUUUUAUUUCAGUCUCACUCUGUAAAAUCCUUCAAUAAACCGUGAACACAC